GGAACCACAGCAAGCAAACGAUAUGAUCUAAUUGAGUCCUAAUUUCUAUAGGGAUAUAUUUCAAGUCUUUUCACUUGAUAUUAUUUAAUACAAACAUGCAGUACUUCAACAUAUGAGAGCGUAAGGGGAAUGCCAUAUUUAACCUUAAAAAAUACUUUUAACUGAAUUGCCAAGAUGACAGACAUGUUUCGGUGCCCAAGUUGCAAAAUGACUUUCAAGUCUUUGUUAUUGCAACAAAAGCACAGAGAAAAGUUCUGUAUUGGCGGAGACGUUGGCAGAGUGAGAGAAACACGGACACCGCAGGACAUGGUUGCCCGUCUGAAAAACUCUAGGCGAAAUAAAGAUGACCAUUUGGCGCAUCAUCAAGCGAAGAAGAUAAAUGAUCAUAAUGACAUGUACUCUACUGAGGAGAAGACUGAUUUAGUAAAGAUGAAUGGAAUUGCCACACCAGAAUCCAGGACAAAGAAUAAUGAAACACAACUGCGCUACCUCGCUGAGGCUCACAGCAAGCAAAUCAGUGAAAUUAUGUCUCAGAACAGACUAUUGGAAAAACAAAGAGAUGAUAUCGUGCAAAGACUGAACGAGAUAACAGCUCGAACCCGUAAUACCGACUACUUGGAAAACAUGAUAAGACAUUUGACUGCUCAAGAGCAAAAGAAUGAACAGCUUUUAGCUACUAUGAAGCAACAAAUAGACCUGCUGCAGACUGAAGCCAUAAAAAAAGGAAUUGCAACAAAACACAGUGAAUACCCAUUCUCUCGGAAAAUAGAAAGAGCUCCAAUUCAACAACCAUUUGUUCCAAUUUUUGGAGGUGGAUGCUUGACCUCUGAAAUCAGUGCUUUACGCAUGGCCUAUCUACAGAAUGGUGGAAAUGAUCAAAUUAUAUUGGCGAAUUUACAGGAUCUUCUUACUGAGGCACAGCUCAUGGAACAAAGAGAGAAACGUGCACACUUCAUUCGGAAGAAGAAAAGCAAAAGAUACACAACUACAAAAUUGGACAUGAAUGAGAAAUUAGUUACUUUAGAAAUUGAAAAUCAGCAAUUAGAAGAUGAACUCUUCAAACUUCAGCUUCAAAGGCAAAGAAACACCAGGAUUCCCAGAACAACUAAUGGAGAAAUUGAGAGGACCGUCCGUUUCCCCAAGUUUGCAAAAGAACAAACCCAACAAAAUAUAAAGACUCUAAAUGCAGAAUUGGAAGUGUUAAAGCAAGAACUGGAAAUUCAAAAACUAAAACGUCGUAUUAAAACGUCUGUUACUCAGCGAGCCAAACCUCAGCUGGAUAUACUUCAUCCAAUGGAAAUAAACAAACCCGACUCUCCAAAUCUUGGACGAAAUUUUUUACAUCUCAGUCAUGGAUUAGAGCCUGCUCCAUAUGAUCCAAUUUCUGGCUUUGUAAUAUUUUAUGACUAUCUUCUUGGACUUGACCCAUCUUACCGAGUAUGCAGAUUAGCUGUCAGUCUGUGCAGCGGGGGGCAGGAGAUGGGAAAUCCUUCUACCCUUCCACCUGUGUAUUGUGAUGCUGGCCUAUCCAAGUUCUAUGAUGGCAAAAAACUGAAUUUAGCAAUUCUGUCUACAAAGCAAGCUGUUCCAAGGGUACGGCCUUCUCCAAACAUAUCGCUAAUAGUUGAAUUGCAAGCAUCUGGUGGAUAUGAUCCGUAUGGACAUGAAGUCAGUCGCUUAAUUCCUCGAGGAUGGGUGAAGGUGGACAUUUUUGACUAUCAAAACCGAGUCAUAAGCGGACAGUGGAAAGUUCCUGUUCGGAGCCUUCCUGUUAAGCCUUCACUGACAACAGGAGCUUUAAAUGGAGUGCCUCAGUUAGAAAAUGCAGAACUGUUCAUUCGACUUGUGAAUGCGAGGGAUGCGGAUACACAGAGCACUUACCCCAUUGACAUUAAUAACUCUGUGUACUAUAAAUAUCCUCCUUUGACAGCAGCAUAUUUCCAACCAGAGGAGCUUGUCCUUCCAUCUCCCUACUAUUCAUCCCAGUACCCUUUCCCAAAUGUGCAGCCUAUGUACGGAGACGAUGUGGACUCUCCCCCUUCACGAAAUAAUAUAAUGACGCACUGACUGAAUUCAGAAUUUAUGAUAAUCGGAGACCUCUGAGAAUGAUUUCCUGUCCAAUAAA